AACAGAAAACUCUUUUUCUGGUUGAAAACUCCUUUGUUUUCCUGACGAGUCUCUCUCAAGCGUCCGCGCGCAUUUGUCAAUCUCUCUUGAAUUAAUGGCCUCACCGUCCGACACCUCCAACCAGGAGGCUAUUGUGAGGAAGCAAAACAAAGGAGCCCCGAUUAAGUUCUUGGUCCCUCUUAUAUACGCUCCUGUUCUUCCUCUCAUUCGGCUCUCGUUGAGGAGGAACCCGGUGGUGAGGGAUCGUUUGUUUACCCUCGUCUUGGCUGGGGCUUUCGCUCAUGGGUUUUACUUGGUGUAUCCUUUUCCUUGCAUUCUUUUUCUUUUUGUUGCCAUCUCGUGCUUUCGGCUGUUAUCUGUUCAUGUUCAUGGUAUUGAUGGAUUGUGUUUAUUAAAGCACUUGUCUUUCAAUUAUGUCGAGAUCUUCUGCCGAUGUUCUUCUAUAGAUGAAUGUAUCAGUAUUUUCCAUUUUAUCCAUUUAUUAUCUUCUAUUGCGGAUUGAUCAAUCAAUGGUUUGUAAUUGUAUAGGAUCCAGAAAAUGGUGGUGUCUUCGUUGGUACAAGAUGUUAAUUCCUUACUUAAUUGGAGUCUCAUUACAGGAGGUUACUAGAUGUGCAUGUCUUGUAGUGAUUCUGAGCAAGCAGUUUCAACCUUAUGAUCUUAGUGAACUGAGGAUUUGAUGGAUAAGGUGCAAAACCUUAAACGUUAAUGGCCUUGUCCCACUCUUGAUCCCUUGACAAACUUUGGUAUACAUGCUCUAAUAGUGCUUAGAAAGCCGUUGCAAAGAACUAGUGAUUGAGUUCUUUAGAUCUCCUUUGGAUACUUAGGUGGUGGCAAAUAGGUUUUGAAUCCUUGUAUAACUGUGAAAUCAAGUCUUCACUUGCACACUACGAGGGAAUGUUUUCCUGAGUGAUGAGCUCUUUCUUUCUGAAAAAGGUAUUAUCUUCAAAUGCAUGUCAAGGUCUUCCCAGGAUGUUGGCAUGUAAGGUCUCUAUUCUUCUGCUGUGGAUGAUUUAAGGACGUGAACUAAGAUGCAGUUUCUUUUAAUAGGUAGCAAGGAGUUUUUAGCUGAAACCUGUAGGUUUGAGGAGCCUUGUCUUCUAUUGUUUGUGUGGGUCGACGUUUCCAUCCCCAUCUUCUCAUAUAUUAAAUCAAUUCCUCUACCUUGCGUUAUUUGUGGAUGUAGUUUUCCUGCAGGUGUCCCUCAUUGUGUUUGUAGCUUAGCAAUGAGAAAUUUACCUACAAAUUACAGAAGUUGUCCUUUGCAUUCCACUAUAGCUUGUAAAAUUACUAUAAUUCAUUGAAUUAGGGUGCCUUUUAACCUUCUGGGACUAAGUGAAGAUCUUAUAAUCUUAUGUAGUCUUUCAAUUUUAUUUGUAUGGUUCUUUCAAUAGUAUCGUUGCUUUUCCUUAAUAAACAU